UGUGUAGAAGUGUGUGUUUACACACGGAUACAAGAGCAGCUUUAGGGUGAAAGUGAGGUGUUUUCUCAUGUUUAGAAAGACAGCGUGCCGUUUGGGACACAGCCGGGGUCCCUGCUCUCAUUCCCGGGUCACCCUCCUCAUCUAACCGGAAGUGGGAUGUGAUGUGAAAAAAUCACACUCAACUUUUUCCCCCCUCCGUGUGCAUUGUAACACUGCGAGAAAAGAAAAGGAAAGAAAGAAAGAAAGAAAGAAAGAAAGAAAGAAAGAAAGAAAGAAAGAAAGAAAGAAAAGCUUCGACACAACACAAUAAUCCUGGAUAUGAGACGUGGAUGAAUUAGAGCUGUUCACUCGGAUGGAGGAAACGCGCUGUAUGGGAUAAAGUGUGAGCAGCAGAGAUGUAGUGUGUGUUCUGCAGUGGGAGACUCUGAUGCCUCACCAUGUUACUGUUCCUGCUGUUGGUCCUACAUCCUGAAGCCAAUGCUCAGAUAGACCCAGGACAGUGUCGCUACCCUCUUGGCAUGCAGGAUGGCAGAAUAAAAAACGAUGACAUUACAGCCUCCAGCCAAUGGUAUGAAACGACAGGGCCGAAGUACGCCAGGCUGAACAGGGAGGAAGGUGAUGGCGCCUGGUGUCCUGCCGGUCAGCUGCAGCCGUCUGAUGUCCAGUACCUGCAGCUGGAUCUGCAUCAACUCACCUUCCUCACAGUGGUGGCCACACAGGGUAGAUACGCACGCAGCUCCGGUAAUGAGUUUGCUCGCAAGUACCGGCUCUCCUACAGCCGAGACGGCCAUCGCUGGAUCCCCUGGAAGAACCGCUUCGGCAGCGAGAUUAUCAUGGCGAAUGUUAACACGUACGCGUCUGUGGUGAAAGACCUUCACCCGCCCAUCAUCACUCGCUUCCUCCGCCUCAUCCCUGUCACGGACACAGUGCAAACAGUCUGUAUGCGAGUUGAGCUGUUUGGCUGCUCCUGGCAAGAUGGGUUAACGUCAUACAGCGCUCCUGAGGGCCACACCAUGAUGGCUCCUGGAUAUGCCAACACCCCACUGAACGACUCCACCUACGACGGAAUUCAGGAGCGCAGGAGGGUGCUGGGUGGUCUGGGUCAGCUGACAGAUGGUGUGAUUGGACUAGAUGAUUUCUCUCAGACUCGUCAAUACAUGCCGUGGCCUGGUUAUGACUACGUAGGCUGGAGAAACGACUCACUCGGACCUGGCUACAUUGAGAUGGAGUUUCAGUUUGACAGGCAGAGGAACUUCACCUCUAUGAAGGUGCACAGUAACAACAUGUUUGCACGUGGCGUUAAGGUCUUCUCAUCUGUAUCAUGUGUGUUUAAGCCACGACUCAUCUCACACUUUGAGCAGGAGCCUGUGGAGUUUCACACGGUUCUGGACGACCGGAACCCAAGCGCUCGGUAUGUCACCGUGCCUCUGGAGCGACGAGUGGCCACAGCAAUCCGCUGCAGGUUCUACUUCGCUGACACCUGGAUGAUAUUCAGUGAGAUCUCCUUUCAGUCCGUGACCCACCCUUUGCCCACCCUGAAGCCUCUGGUGAUGACAUCACCGUUUAAAGCGCAGAGCCGAGCACCGACUACAGUUAAAGCAGCUCCAGACACCAGCACAGUAACAUCAAAGCCCCGCCCACCUGAAGACAGCCACACCUCCAUUCUGAUUGGCUGUUUGGUCACCAUCAUCCUCCUGCUGGUGGUCAUCAUCUUCCUCAUUCUCUGGUGGCAGUAUGUGUGCAAAGUCAUGGAGAAGGGUCCGAGACGUAUCCUGGAUGAGGAGGUGAUGGUACAUUUGCCCUGCAGCAGUGACUCUCCACAGUCGCCCCCUCUGGACUCUUUGGACUCUCCAUAUGAGAGAGUGUUUCUGCUUGACACUCGGGAACACACUGAGCUUCGAGCCAAAGCCCCGGAUUGUGGUGGUGGUUAUGCUGAGCCAGACAUUACCCGAUGUACCCAUCACCAGAGUCUCCAGUCCAGUGUUCCUCACUACGCUGAGACGCUGAUAGUGAAGCUGCAGGGCGUUACGGGCAGUAACACCUAUGCUGUCCCCGCCCUCACUGCAGACUCUCUGACACGUAAAGACAUCACCGCAGCUGAGUUUCCAAGGGAACGCCUCAUCUUCCGGGAGAAACUAGGAGAGGGGCAGUUUGGAGAGGUGCACCUGUGUGAAGCAGAAGGUCUGGUGGAGUUUUUAGGAGAGGACGCUCCUCCGUUAUCUGAUGACAAGAGCUCCGUGCUGGUGGCAGUGAAACAGCUCCGAGCCGACGCCACGGCCAACGCCAGGAAUGACUUCCUGAAAGAGAUAAAGAUCAUGUCACGGCUGAACGACUCGAACAUCAUCCGCCUGCUGUGUGUAUGCGUGCACUCGGACCCUCUGUGCAUGGUGACGGAGUACAUGGAGAACGGAGACCUCAACAUGUUUCUGUCCCAGAGGGAGAUCGAGAGCACCCUGACUCACGCCAACAACAUCCCCUCUGUCAGCAUGACAGACCUGUUGCACAUGGCUGUUCAGAUUGCAUCAGGGAUGAAGUACUUGGCGUCUCUGAACUUUGUGCACCGGGACCUGGCCACGCGGAAUUGCCUCCUGGACCGACAGCUCACCAUCAAGAUCUCUGACUUCGGCAUGAGCAGGAACCUGUACAGCAGCGACUACUACAGAAUCCAGGGCCGAGCAGUGCUGCCUAUACGCUGGAUGGCCUGGGAGAGCAUCCUGCUGGGUAAGUUCACCAUGGCGAGUGACGUGUGGGCGUUUGGUGUGACUCUAUGGGAAAUCUUCACUCUGUGUACGGAGCAGCCCUACAGUCUACUGACAGAUGAGCAGGUCAUCGAGAACAGUGGAGAGUUCUUUAGGAACCAGGGGAGACAGAUCUACCUAUCCCCUCCCCCGCUCUGCCCCUCUCCUCUGUAUGAGCUGAUGAUGCGUUGCUGGAGGCGUGAAAUCAGAGACCGCCCCUCCUUCAAUAGCCUGCACCAAGCCUUACGGCUCUACUCUCCCCGUUCCUGACUGACUUACGGUCCAGCCAAUCAGCUCUGAGCCUGACCCAACCAAUCAGAUCCGAGCGUGAGUUUGACCCAACCAAUCAGCUCUAAGUGUGAGUUUGACCAAACCAAUCAGCUCUAGAUGUGAGACCAAUCUUUCCCAUGAGGAGAAAUGAAAACUGGACAGCUUUGACGUAGUGGCAGUGGAAGAGAGAACUGACUGAUGAUGAUGUCAUUUUGAGACACUGUUUUAUAGGUUUCAGUCCUGGAGCACCACAGAGUGACGGAGAGGCCUGUUGGGACUCGAUGUGGCUCCAGUUUGUAGACACUUGAUUUUUGUAUGUUCAUUUUCUUUAAUAUUUUGAGUAGUUGUUUUCUUUUCCUGUCUUUGUGAUAUGAUGUGUCUCUGAGCCUACUGUACGCUCAUGGCCUUAAAGACAAUUCAGCUCAGAAUGAAAUGUACACCAGUCUUUUUAAACCCAGAUAAAGCCAUUUUAGUUCAAGUGUGAUUUAGUGUCAUGUAGUUUCUAAACUGAUGGCUGUAGUCUUUCUUUACUUAUUAACUACAUUGUUCUCAGCCUCCAUAUCCUGGCUGAGCAGGGGGAGGUGUGUACAUUUUUUUUUUGCUGAAAUGUUCCUUUAAGUAACCAACUGGAGGAGUGUGUGUAUGUGUGUGUCUAUGUAUGUGUCAGCCCUGUGGUCCCUCAUCGCUCAGCACUACUGCGCGUGCAUGUGAGCGUGUGUGUGUGUGCGUGUGCAUGUGAGCGUGUGUGUGUGUGUGUGUGUGUGUGUUCACUCCCUCCCCACACUGGAGUUAUGAAUGAAUCCUGACUAUAAUGUGUAUUGUUUUUUUGUGGGUUUUUUUUUCUUCUUUUUUUUUAGUUUUCUGUAUAUGAAUAUUCUACAGGUCUAUCUGAGAGAGCAGAACUACUGUCCUAGCUAAACAAGUAGAGCAAUUUCCUUGCGUGAGAGACAGACACAGACAAACAGACAGACGCAAUCCCUUAUUCAUCCCUGCUGCAGUACUACAGAUUCUUGUAUGUCAGAUUCUUGUAUGGUGCCAAAACUUCCCCCAAGUCAUUCCUCAGAGUACGAGUAUGUUUCUGAAAACAUUUUGUCACAGCACACUGGCAACUUUACAACACCAUAAGCACCUCCAGAAAUGCAUUGUGGGUAGUGGCGUGAGCUGAAUGCUGCAAAGUCAUUUAGAAUGUUGCCUGGGAAUCCCUUGUGUGUUACCAAAUGAUCUGAUAGAUCUAGGACUUUGUACAAGGCACACACGAACCCAAAUACCAGAAAGAGCAUCUGAAGUGUGUAGAAUGUGUGAACCCAAGCCCUGAGCUCUCCCUUCUGUACUGAAGGCUCAUGACUCUGCAGCAAAUGUGUACAUGAUACUGAACGUCUCUGAACAGCACCCCUUUCCUCUCUCAUCACUGAUAUUAUAUUUAGCUUUAUGUGCUUCGUACACUUUCAUUUAUGUUUCCUGUGUGCAUGAUGUUCACUCUGUCUCUGUUUUCAGUUUUUAUUGUUUUGGAGUUUCUCCACUCCCUGUGUGAUUCAGCUCUCUGGGGGGAUUUAAGGAGGAUCUCCUGUGUUUGUGUGAUUGAGUGGUGAGAGUAAACACCCGCUGUGUACGUGUGUGUGUAAUCUCUGUUAUAAAUAGAGUAUGUAUUGUUGUGGCGUGUACAUAAGCAGAACAGAUAUGUGUAAUAUAUAGGGGGUGAAGGAGGGCAUGUGGCAUAGCAUUUCCCUCAGAGCUUUUCUUCUGCUCCUGUUUCUUUACUUUUACAUUAAAUAUCAAAUCUGACUCCA